AUGGCCGCCGCCGCCCUGUCUGUCUGCUCCAGCGACCUCAGCUAUGACAGCCGUGUCUGCCUGCCUGGGUCCUGUGACUCCUGCACUGACUCCUCCUGGCAGGGGGAUGACUGCCCGGAGAACUGCUGUGAACCUCCCUGCUGUGCCCCCAGCUGUUGUGCCCCGACGCUCCUCUGCACCCCUAGCUGUUGUGCUCCCAGCUGCUGUGCUCCCAGUUGCUGUGCCCCCAGCCCCAUGAGCUGUGGGCCCUGCUCUAGCUCCUGCUCCCCCUCCUGUGACUCCUGCUCCCCUUGCCAGCCAGACUGCUGUGUGUCCCUCUGCUGCAAGCCCAUGUGCUGCACUCCAGUUUGCUGCAAGCCCAUGUGCUGUACCCCAGUCUGCUGCAAGCCCAUGUGCUGCACCCCAGUUUGCUGCAAGCCCAUGUGCUGUACCCCCGUAUGUUGUGGAGGCUCCCCCUGCCAAGUGCCCGCAUGCUCCCCCUGCUGCAAACCCUGCUCCAGCGUGUCCCUCAUCUGUAAACCCACCUGCCAGCCCGCCUGCUGCGCCCCUUCGCCCUGCUGCCAGCCCAGCUGCUGCCGCUCAGGGUCCAGCAUGUCCCUGUUGUGCCGGCCGGCCUGUAAGUCUGCAUCGGCCCAGAAGACCUGCUGA